AUGGCUCGACAAGUGACUCCUCAACAGAUUACCAAGUUGGAGGCUCAAUGGAGGCUCAAUCGUGCAGCAACCAUCAAUGAUGUUGUCGACAACAACAUCACCAAUGAGGAGGAGAUAUUGCCAAUCUUGAUGAGGUAUAAUGAUGGAUUCCAAUACCAAAGAUCAUUUGGGCCUCUAGUCAAGGCCGAAGCCGACUAUGACAAGAACUUAAAAGAGUCACAAGCACUCGAGCACAUCCAAGUCAAGUGGGCACUAGGCUUGAACAACCGCCACUUGGCGUCGUUUGCAUUAUCGACAUACGAGACAACAGACUUGAAGGUUGCUGUUGGGGACGAGAUCAUUCUUAGGUACAGCGGCAGUGCGAUGGAGCCCUGGGAAGGACGUGGGUUUAUCUUGCGCUUGCCCAACUCGCAUCAAGAAGAGUUUACAUUAGAGCUCAAUCCUAGUAAGCAAGCGCCUCCUACAACUCUCACCACCGACUUCACCGCGGAGUUUGUAUGGAAGGGCACAUCCUAUGACCGUAUGCAACAAGCAAUGAAGGACUUUGCCACAAACGAGGAGUCUGUGUCAUCCUACAUCUACCACAAGCUUCUUGGACACAAUGUUGCGCCAGUCGAGCUUGACAUCAAGAUGCCAAAGCACUUUUCACAUCCAAAACUAACCGAGUUGAAUGUGUCGCAAACAAAUGCCGUGAGGUCUGUUUUGCAAAGACCGCUCUCGCUCAUCCAGGGUCCGCCUGGUACAGGCAAAACCGUGACGUCUGCAACCAUCAUCUUCCACUUGUCACAAUUGAACAGAGAGAAAAUAUUGGUUUGUGCACCAUCAAACGUUGCAGUUGACCACUUGGCUGAGAAAUUGAACAUGACUGGGUUGAAGGUGGUGCGGCUUACUGCGAAAUCACGCGAGGACGUUGAAAGCUCAGUUAGUCACUUGGCACUACACAAUAUGGUAGACAAUUCAGCCAAAGGUGAAUUGAAAAAGCUCAUCAAGUUGAAAAGAGAAGUUGGCGAGCUUUCCAGUGACGACUCGCAAGCUUACAUCAAGCUCUUGAGAGUAUGUGAGCUGAGGAUAUUGAGCAAAGCCGAUGUUGUGUGCUGUACAUGUGUUGGUGCCGCCGACAAACGGUUGGCGCAGCUCAAGUUUCGAACUGUGUUGAUUGACGAGAGCACACAAGCCUCGGAGCCAGAAGUCUUGAUUCCUAUAGUCAAAGGAGCCAAACAGGUGAUUCUCGUGGGGGACCACCAACAGUUGGGCCCAGUUAUUCUCGAUAGAAAAGCCGCCGAUGCUGGAUUGAAACAAUCGCUUUUCGAACGCUUGGUGUUUCUCGGUCACGUGCCUAUUAGAUUGGAAGUGCAGUACCGGAUGCACCCGUGUUUGUCUGAGUUUCCAAGUAACAUGUUCUAUGAAGGGUCUUUGCAAAACGGAGUCACCAGCGACGAUAGGGUGGUUUCAGGGGCAAUGUUUCCGUGGCCUGUACCCGAAACACCAAUGAUGUUCUGGGCAAACUAUGGACGCGAGGAGUUGAGUGGUAGUGGUAACUCUUACUUGAACCGAGUCGAGGCUAUGAACGUAGAGAGGAUCAUCACUAGACUAUUCAAAGACGGGAUCAAGCCUGAACAGAUUGGUGUUAUCACACCCUAUGAGGGCCAGCGUGCAUACCUUGUUCAGUUUAUGUCUAUCAACUCUACACUAUUGGACAAGAGGGAUGAGUACCUUGAAGUUGAAAUCACUAGUGUUGACGCGUUCCAAGGACGCGAAAAGGAUUUCAUUAUUCUUAGUUGUGUGCGUGCCAACGAUUCCCAAAGUAUUGGGUUUUUAAGUGAUCCACGAAGAUUGAAUGUUGCAUUGACAAGAGCAAAGUAUGGGUUGCUUGUAUUGGGCAACCCACGCGCCCUUUGUCGCAACAAGUUGUGGAACCACUUGCUCAUCCAUUUCAGAGAAAAGGGGUGUUUAGUAGAUGGUCCAUUGGAUAACUUGCAGAUGUCGAUGGUGCAGUUGAAUAAUUAUGAGAGAAAGGCAGCAAAAACAGCAGCAGCAAAGGAAAGAGAGACACCUCUUGCCAUACCGCAUGCGCCAGGGCUCAAGGAGUCUCUCUGGCCGCCAUUAAGCACCACCAAUUAUACCAGUGCAAACACCAUCAGUGCCAACUUCUACAGCAAGUUGCAUAAGCUCGACGAGAAAUAUGAAGAACUACACGCAUCAUUAACAGAGUCUCACCAUACAACAACCACCGACCACACAAUUGACUAUCAAGGGUUAGCCGCAGAGUCCGCAGCAGCGACCGCCGCGGCAGCCACGGCAUCGGCAGCAGUAGCCGCAAGCAAGAGACAACACCGGGACCAAGAACAGGAACAGGUACGAGAACGGUCGGAGUUUGGACCAUCGGCAUGGCACCACGUGCAUAUGACCAACAUGAAAAACCCACACCGAAUGAAACUCUCACCUGAAGAUGUCAAGUUGAUCUUAUACUUGAUUGUGGAGGUGAAGCCAUUCAAGUAUGUGGGCAAUAGAUCGCAGAGCCAGACUAGGAAAUGGGAGCUUAUCCAGAACAAGUACUACGAUAUGAAAUUGAAGGAGCAGAAUAACACCAACUUCAUAGUCCCCACUGUGCGUACGUUGCAACGACAACUAGUUGCGGCAAUACGCAAGGGGGAGUCUGUGCGUAACCAGCAGUUGGAAAGUGGAAUAGACACUUUGCAUGCGAUUCCAAACACUUUGGCUGAGAUCGACGCAGAUGAGUACUACACCUUUCAGCACAUCACAUUGAUGAGUUCGCCAGAAGAGCUUGAACGUGCACUACUUGAUCUACAUGAGCUCAGCGAUAAGAUCAAGCAGUUGAAACUAGAGAGCAGUAAUCUUAUGAAGGGAGGUGGAGGACCUCGCAUCAAGUCGUCGCCGGCGAUAUCCCUCAGCAACUCAAUGGAGCUUCUCGACACAUACUCGUCGUCCACCACUCAACGGUUAGAGGAGUUGCUGACGUUGUUGCACGACCAGCUCGGUAGGUGUAAGGAGGAGGUGCAAAGUGUGUCUGGGGAUUUCCACAAGGCGUUUGAGUUGUUAGAGUCGAUAUUGGUGCAUGCACAUGAGGUCCAGGUCACAAUGAAGAGGGAUACGGAGUUUGUCAAGGCGAAAGUGAACCGGAUCUUGGAGCUUCACGUGGAAAAGAUGGAGCGUGCCAAGGAGGAGUUCUUAGUCAAGCAAGCAGAUUAUGGGAGGCAGAUCAUCUCGAUCUUCAAAGGCGAGUUUGCUCUUUCCGGAAACGAGCAUCUUGCCAACAAGUUUGCAAAUAUUGAGGAGAUGUUGGAGUAG